ACAGUUAACUUACUAUUGAAUAACUAUAAUAAAAAUCCAAAUAACUGUACUAUAAUAUUUGAGCUGAUUUAAAUUUGGUCAGUCUUCCCUUUAAGGACGUCUCCCAGUGAACAGCACAGCUACUAAUUUUGGGAUUGCUCGAUGGAAGUCACGUUCUGACCGUCUGCCUGUGUGCAUCUACAGUUUAACCACAGACCUCAAACACACAGACCAAGCAUCAACCUGACUUCCAUGUUGAGGAUAAUCACCAGCUAUGUCUGAGAGACCAAACGUCAAAUAUCAGCAGAUGAGCUCAUGGCGUCCAAGCUCCCCAAAAAUCAUCCAUCAAGUUAGAAAAAACAGAAGCUUGCUCAUCGACUGGGAUCAGAGUUAUCCUGAAAAGUUUUAAGAUGAUUAGCAUCAAACAACCAAAAGUGUGGUACAUCCCAUUUCCUGCCCAUUCACUGUUCAGAAAGGAGUUUUUUCAUUACACUGAUGUGUUCUCCCCUCACCACCUGCCCCACCUGCCUGAUUUGGUUCCAUCUUAACCAAAAUUCAGUUAAAUUUACUUUCAGUUUUUUAGAUAUAGCACAAUAGUCAUAUAAAGUGCUUUAUGUUGUAAGAUAAAUAUCCUCCGACGUCAUACAAAGAACCCCAAGUGUAGAAGCACUUGUGAGGGUGGUCAGAGCAAGACUUUCAAGGAGAGAUCUAAAAAUUAUUAGCAGUGCUGGCAGCAGUCCAUAGAUGCACCCGGAGAAGACCUUGAAAGGGAUAUGGGCCAAAUUGAAAUCAGGUAGUUUUUAGCCUUUAAUGGGAAGAGGGAACAUUUCUCACGGCACCUCGAUAGCGUGUGAACAAUGGCAUUUAGGAGGACUUGAGGGUUAAGAAGUUGCACUUUCAUUAGACUGAAUACGAAAAACAGAAGAGCCUCACAAACUGAAACCACAGAACUUACAGUUACACAUCUUACAUGUCAAAUGCUCUUUGUUAAGUUGAACCUUGGUUUAACAUAACAAAUGGACACAUUUUUACGUCCAGAGCAGCCUCUGAGAUCUGUUUGCCUGAUAAAAUCUCCACUCUGCUUCCUCCAUCACUUGGUUUCUGCACUGCUUGCAGGCCAAAGAAUCAUCUGACACCCUCGAAGAGAACAUGUUUAAUUAUCUUUUCAAAUUGCCAUAAACGGCAAUGGAUUUUGUAAAUGAAACUCUGACUUAACAAACAACUUCACUCUAGAGCAGGCGAAGGAGGAGGAGCUUGGAACCAACAUGGCCGCCCCUGUGGGUGCCCCUUCCUAUAUCACUCCCUACUUUCCUCUCUCUUCCACUGAUAUCAACAGCAGACGUCAAUGACGGGACACAUUUCAGAGUCAUUGAUGGAAAUUCAAUCAGAUCUUUGAUUUCAAAGAAACUAAAGUGUGACUCGUUCCAUGAAGGACAAGGUGACCAAGCCCACCGCCAUGGCCCAGGGUCGAGUGGCCCACAUGAUAGAGUGGCAGAGCUGGGGCAAACCAUCUGCGGGGCCGCUAGGGGGAGCGGGCCAUACCAACCUUCAGAGGGAAAAGGAGAGGAGGAUGGAGAACGACGCUUACAGUGACCUUAGCGAUGGCGAGAAGGAGGCUCGCUUUGCUGCAGGCAUCAUGCAACAGUUUGCAAUUUCUGAGGCGACUCUGUUUGGUUGGAACUCGAUGGACGGGGAGAGCAUGGGAGCCGGCUCCAACCAGGGCAGCGUCGCCCACCUGAGUGAGGUCAACCAGGAGAGCAUCACCAGCAGAGACCAGGUGCUCCAUCACUCCUCUGCGGAUGUCUGGCCUCACACCUACGUCUCACAGGGCCUGUACUGCCUGUCGUCUUCUGACGCCUGGGACCCAAUCACCAGCCAGCCCUCGGGCGUGGCCUCGCCUGCUGCAAGCUCCUACAUCAUGGCUGCCGGUGGCAGCAAUGGAGCAGGAGGCACACCUGGUGAGGGGUACGAGGGGACAGUAGGAAGUUACAUCCAGCAGCACCAGGUUCACCUCGCCCUGCAGCAGCAGAGUCAACUCCAACAGCUCCAACAGCUUCAUCACUACCAGCAGCAACAGUUCCUGCAGUACCAACAACAGCAGCAGUCUAUGGAGCACAGGCUACACAGUGCCUCCCAUUCACUCCAAGCCACGCCCAAUAGCACCAUCCACAGCCUCGGUCCACCCACUCACCCUCGGCUAGCUGACCUGUGGGGAGCAGCGCAGGUUGAGGCACAUCAGGUGGAGAUCGUUGGACACCUGAAUGCACAGAUGACUGACAUGGUCGGAGGCGUGGUGGAGACGGUCGGAGAAGAGCCAGAGCCCGAGUCCGAAGACUUCCCUGAACAGCAUGAAGAGGAAGAGGAGGAGCUAACGAAGGUAGAAGAGGUAACAUUAACUUUGGAGCCAGAGCCGUGCUCUUUGACACCCUCCCCGCUGAGGGAGGACGCCCCUUCCACCAGAGGUUCAAGCCCAGGACUACCAGCACAGACCACCGAACCCGUCGCAGAGAGGAUACCCUUUGACAUCACGCCCUGCGUCGUCCAGUCAUUGGAAGAGAAAGAUGAAGAGGCGGACGAGGGCUCCAUUGUUGUUGUUGCAACCAACUGAGUCAUUUGGACACAAAACACUGUCAAAAACUGGAAAUUAAUACUUCAAUAAUCAGUCAAGCUAUUAUCCCAACCCCUCCCUCUCCCAAAUAUUUACCUACUUUGAGGCCGAGGAAAUGCGACUUUUUUUUUUUAGAUGGGAAUGUGGGAUGUAAUGUACACUAUGGCCAAGGAGACACCCCCACCACCAGUCUAGUAUGGGAAAUCUGGAAUAUCACAUAUAUGAGACUAAUUAAAUCUAAUUUAAGGCAGAAGAGAGACUUGAAUUCAGUGACUACUGAAACGAGCUGUUUGAGAAUAAAGAUGGAUUCAAUAAAAAGUUUGGACUGACUGGACCAAAGAACCAGGACUGAAAGCCAAACUGGCAACACAGGGAUGGGGUGAAAGUAAAAAGAAGGUAGGAUGAGAAGAAGAAAAGUUAAGGGCCUAUUUAUAAAUUCAGCGCAAUACAACAAACAUGGGCACAAUCAGGGUUUGCAAAUAAUUCAGAGUGGUUGUUUCAAGAUGCUUUCAGCAUCACAAGUAGGCUUUUGUUUGCAAAAAUAAAACCCCCUUCAAGGCCAGAAAUACCUGGUCAGAGAGCAGUUUGAUUGGCUAAUUAAUGUGUUUAGGUUUGACUGACGGCUUGCCUGACACGGAGCUGAGAUGUGUUGAUGAGGUAAAGACGGCGUAAUCUGGAACGCAUGGCAACCUGAGACAUGCACUUGGAGUUAUUUGCAAACACUUGCUCUGGACACAACCAAAAGAAAGUGCAUGCUUUUUAACAGUGAACUAGCCCUAACAGUAUAACACAGUAUACAAAGUAAUAAUAUAUCAAAUUGCUUUUUAUAAUAAAAGGGAAAAAAAUCAAAUAAACCGAUAUGUAUUUGUAUGAAUGUAACACUGUAUGUAUGUUUGUAUGAAUGUAGCUUUGUUUGUGUGUAAAAUAUAUAUUCUGGGAAACAAA